GUCGGCGAUCGCUAGGUGGCAGCUUGAGCGUGUCGGCAAAACGUUUUUUAUCCUCAUUAAACAUUCGAUUGUUGAUGUGAUUUGUUCCGUUUUGCGUUGCAUUCUCUGAAAAGUUUCAUUAUUUUAGAAAAAAAUAUUGUUUUGCGUCGUCUAAAUACUCGACAAUGACCUCUGUAGAAGAAGGCGAGACGCCCCCGGAGGAGGUGCCGGCGGGAAAUCCAGACGAGCUAACUAAAAAUCCGACAGCUUUGAAAGAGGCUCAUGAACAAAUGGCAACUCUAGAUGUUUUGGUGUGUGGCCAGUGCCACUCAGCAUUCCAUUUCGUUGAGGAUUUUAAAGAACACAAGGAUGCCAACAAUUGUACAGGAAAAUCUCCUGUUAGGGAUAGUAAUGAAAGCAAAGCGCAAGUGUGGGCUUUCCUUCUAUGGAAGUGCUCAUCUGUCCGCGAUGGCUCCACAGUGAAUACAGACAACAGCUGGAAGUUAUACCAGCAGUGGUGUCGCAUGGCAGAGGCUCAACGGACUGCUUGGAUUACAGCUGGAUCUAAUGUUCAGGCCCUGUCUAAAUUUGCACAUGCUAAAGUUAUGGAAGUUAAGACUGAAGAUCAAUUAGUUCCUGUUCAAACACCAGUACAGCAUGAAGUUAAGAGACGAGGCAGACCGAGGAAGACACCCAAGCCGGAGGACUCUGAAACACAACCCUCAGGGGAAGAAAGUGACGAUAUUGUUAAAGCUAGCCCUGGACUGAAGAAUGUCCAAAAAGUACCAAUACCACAAAAUCUUAACAAAACUAAGGAGUUGAAUGAGUCUGUGCGUAAUGCUCAAGAGCGAGUUCCGCCUGAGGAAAGGAUUGCGCGUCGUACUGAGCGCCAGGGCGAUCCUACUGAGGCUGGAGAAUAUGUUGUGGAGAAGAUCUUGGCCAAGCGAUUUAAUCCACGUCGGAAGCAGUAUGAGUACCUGCUCAAGUGGGAGGGAUAUCCACAUGAGCAAAAUACUUGGGAACCUGUGGAAAAUAUGGAGACUUGUAAACAUUUAUUGGAAGCAUUUGAGAAGCAGCUGGCACGUCAGAAGGAGCUCAAGGCUCUCAGAGCUCAACAACAGCAGCAGCAACAGCAUCCAGUGCAGGUGAAACAAAUUAGUACACCCUUACCUCAAGUUGUCAAACAAGUCGUAAAGAAAUCUGAGAGUCCUGCAGUUACACCAUCUGGACGUCUUCAGCGUACUAGCAAAGUUCGUGCUUUAGAUCAAGUUAAGGCAUGGUGUGGUGCUGAGGAUGGUGAACCAGCUGCCAAGAAAGUGAAGAAGGAAUUAUCCAGUGAAGAUGAGGACUACUCUGACCCUGACUCAACUAAAGCUGACAAGAAAUUGCUGAAUGGUCAAUCUUCGCCAACAAAGUCCACUCUGGACCCUGAGCUGGUGAAAUCACUUGGUCUCGCGGGAAAAGGCAUGCCGAACAUAAAGGGCGUCAUUAAGGUUGACCCUAAGCAUAUGCCUAAUCUUACCACAGGUGUGUAUAUAAUGUCGAAGAGUUCAGGAAUUAUGAAGAUUGAUUCGCCUGGGAAAUUAGGACCGGGUCUAAAUAUAGAUCAGGAUGUGAUUCGGAAACAGAUAUUAGCAGCUAAACAGAAAAAAUUAGAAGAAGCCAAGAAAACAUCCCCUAUCCGCACACCAGUGACAUCACAGAUAAAGAAAACUUAUGGUUCUGGAGGACAGCAAGUGACAGAGAAGACUAUAAUUACUCCCUCAGGACAAAAGAUUAUUCAGCGCACUAUUCAAAGACCAGCAGGUCAAGGUGCUGAAGGAAAGUCACCUGUCACCAUACUCAACAAGAAACUUGCACAGGGCGACAGUUUACUGCGGCGCGGCGGGUCAGGUCGGGGGCGCGGCCGCGGAGGUUAUUCCGUGGCUACUACGGCUGGCGGGAACAUUGUACGGAUCCGUGACAAAGUUCCUCUGUUAGAGUUCGAGCAGUCGGAUGCGUCAUCUGACACGUCUGAUGGCAUCGAGGAUCCGUUCCCGCGUCAGUUGGGUCCGCUGCCGCCUCCGAGCCCGGAGCGCGAGCUGACGCUGUGUCCACUGACGGGGCGGCGACUGGCGCGCGCGGAGGGAGAGCCCACGCCGCCGCCGACACCAUCGCCGCCGCCAACGCCACCACCAGCCCCCGAAGCGCUGGCUGGUACUAUGCUUAUGAAGGUCGAAAUGUCUCCUGGCGGUACAACUGGAAUGCUGGUACAAGGAGAUGGUGCUCAACCCUCACUUCCUGUACUUACUGAUGAAGAUGGUACGGAAGUUAAAGUGGAAGCCAGUGCUGUCAAACAAUUAUUAGAAGGAGGAGUUGGGGUUGACGACGGUGAAGAGGUCGGAUUACUACACUCGGGACACACGCCUAUCAUGAUCAGAGGAGAAGAUGGAGUCCUUUAUCAGGUCGCAGGCGAAAAUGAAGCAGGUCAAACGUUACUUGUGGCAGCAGAGGGAGUCGAAGGUGCCGUCGAGGGCGUGGAAGGCGCAGUCGAAGGCGACGGUGACGUCAUGUACGUCACGAGAGAGGAUGGGCAGGAGGUGUUGGCGAUCGAUCCCUCUCAGCUGGCGCAGUUAAUGCCUGGAGGCGAGGCAGCGCCCGCGCUGCAGCAGGUCGCCGUGCAAGUCGAGGGAGAACCCGGGGAGGAUGCCACGCAGGUCAUCGCGCAACUUCUGCAGGCUGACUUACCAUCACCCGGUGGAACACGAAGAGUGGUACUUAUGUUGCCUGAUGGCAGUUUGACAAUGACUGAACUUGACAAAGAACAGUAUGAAUCAAUAACAGAAGCCAGUAAAGCACAGGAAUAAAAUUAUUAUUUGACCAAUUCGAAAUGUGAUGAAACACUAUUUAUCAGAGAAAAUCAAAUAAAUAAAUAUUUGUUCUCUAAGCCCCAAGCUUUGAAGAUUUAGACCUUAAUGUGACAGAACAGUUUCAUACAAUGUCGAAUUCUUAUUUUCUUUACUUUAUUAAGGCACAUAAUACAAUUUUUAAUUAUGUCUAAAUGUGAAGUGUGAACACACAGGUUGGUUACAUCGUGAAGUCGUAAAUUCUGUACAAACAUGUUUUACAAUUGUGAUUUGUGUUUCCGAUUUUCUGUUGUCAAUUUGAUAUUGACAUAAAAAUCAUAACCAAAUAUCAAUACAGGUACUAAGAUAUAACAUUAGUACAUCGAAUUGACACGCAGUGAAUUAUUUGGAUAACUAUUGGUGGACGUAAUAAUCCUCUGAUGUAGUUUUCUGUAAAAUAUAUCAGCAAAUACAAGACUGACUGCUGUAAAUAAAGUUAUUACAGUAUGUGUCCUUCAGAUGUUGAAAGGAGUUGGAUAUUCUCAACUUUGACUAAGACUCAAUUUACAUUGCCACGACAUGGAAUAAGAUUGAAUUUUGCGGACGAAAUUGUACAAGCUAAUAGUA